GUUACAGAAGUGCCAUGGGACCUUUAAUGACCCCAUGUGACUCCAAUUCCAAAGCUGUUUUCUCCUGUUCUGAAGCCUGAUCUUAUUUAAAAAAAAAAAAAAACCAACAGACCUAGCAAGCUGCCUGUGGACAGGCACAAAACUAAUAACAUAAUUCUUAUUUCUAACCCUUGCUUAACCCACCCCAUCCUACCCCAUCUUCAUCGUGGUUCUUUUCUUUGACUGUUGGAUUUGGAUUGCCACUUUGGGAGCAGAGACUUUAUUUGUGUAACACAUCAAAUAUGCUCAGAGCUCUCCAGAGAAAAGAAGCGUCCCAAACCUUACAUCUAAAAUUUGUGUUCUCUGUACCCCAGAUCCAGACACUCCAGAGCUUGGGGUUGAAAUCCAGAUCUGAAUCUAAACUUUCCUAGAUGUCAGGGAUGUUAGUAUUUAGCACAUAACAAAGACUGCAUGUGGCUGUAAACUCUGAUCUGAACCCAAAACCUUGAAAUUUGACUUGGCCCCAUCUUUGCUAACAUUAAUAGGAAUAAACUGGAUCACUACUGCCUUGGAUAUAAAACUGCCACCUAUCAAAUUGCCAACUGUUUGGUGCUUCUUGGAUGAUUAGUGAAUAAUUCUCAAAAGUGACCAAUGCCAGAAGAAUUACUGACUUUCCAACAAAUUGCUAGAUCAGCUAAACAUCCAGCUAACGGUACCCUUGUCUUUAAACACACUUAUGAGUGAUGCAUGGUCAAUAGCAAUCACAUAAUAAAGUUGCUGCUGUUUCUUAUGCUUUUAGGUUACUGAUGGAGCUAUGCCAUCAGUUGGGAUGAAGCCGGCCAGUGCAUCAUGCCAUCAUGUGUUCCUAGCAGACCUGCCACUGAGAGAUGCAUUUGUUAUGAUGAACCACGCAGUGAGUGCAGGAAGGCACCUGACUUUCUGUGUCGUUUGUCGUCACUGACCGCUGGCAUGGAGUCUGUCAUUGUGGUGACAGAGUAUGACUCGACUGAUGCCUCAGUGACAUCUCCACAUUCUUCUCCUCGGUUGCCCCGGAGACCGACGGUGGAAUCAAAUAAAGUUUCUAUUACAGGUUUUCAGGACUGUGUGCAGCUUAAUCAAUAUAAAUUGAAAGAUGAAAUUGGAAAGGGUUCCUAUGGAGUUGUGAAGCUGGCAUACAAUGAAGAUGACAACACUUACUAUGCAAUGAAAGUUCUUUCCAAAAAGAAGCUCAUGAGACAAGCAGGGUUUCCACGUCGCCCACCACCUCGAGGUGCCAAAGCCACAUCCGAAGGCUGUUUGCAACCAAAAGGGCCUAUUGAACAGGUGUACCAAGAGAUCGCCAUCUUGAAAAAGCUGGACCAUCCUAAUGUAGUGAAACUGGUAGAGGUGCUAGAUGACCCCAGCGAGGACCAUCUGUACAUGGUGUUUGAACUGGUAAAACAAGGGCCUGUGAUGGAAGUCCCAGCCAUUAAACCUCUCACUGAAGAUCAGGCUCGCUUCUACUUCCACGAUCUGAUCAAAGGCAUCGAAUACUUGCACUAUCAAAAGAUAAUUCACCGGGAUAUUAAGCCUUCCAACCUUCUGGUUGGGGAGGAUGGUCACAUCAAAAUUGCUGACUUUGGAGUGAGCAAUGAGUUCAAGGGAACUGAUGCCCUUCUGACCAACACUGUGGGCACCCCUGCGUUUAUGGCUCCAGAAACCCUUUCAGAAACCAGAAAAAUAUUUUCUGGCAAGGCUUUGGAUGUAUGGGCUAUGGGAAUCACACUCUUUUGUUUUGUGUUUGGGCAGUGCCCUUUUAUGGAUGAGAGGAUUCUAAGUUUGCACAGUAAAAUCAAGACCCAACCCCUGGAAUUCCCGGAUCAGCCAGACAUUACCGAGGAGUUGAAGGAUCUGAUCAUGCAGAUGCUGGAUAAAAACCCUGAAUCUAGGAUUUCUGUCCCGCAAAUCAAGCUGCACCCUUGGGUCACUAAGAACGGAGCAGAGCCUCUGCCGACGGAGGAUGAGAACUGCACGCUUAUCGAGGUGACUGAGGAAGAAGUUGAGAAUUCGGUCAAACACAUCCCAAGCCUGGCCACAGUGAUCUUGGUUAAAACGAUGAUCAGGAAACGGUCUUUUGGGAAUCCAUUUGAGGGAAAUAGGAGAGAAGAACGAUCUCUGUGUGCCCCAGGGAACCUACUGACGAAACAAGGCAGCGAGGAUAAUCUGAAGUGCAAUGACCUACCAAAUGCAGGCGAGGAUGAAGUGCUUUCAUGAAAUCGAACAUUAUGGUUAUGAUGAGCAACUGAGUCCGUGGCUCCUUUACACAAUGUGCAUCUGAGGAUAAGAGAUGCAACAGAGCCUAAGCCAAAUAAACACAGCAUGACAUGGCACUAGUACAGCACUAUAAGCUGCAUGUAGAGCUUACAUAGCAGCAUGUUGUAAGAAAUCAGAUUACAGUACUUGUCAUAAACAUUGAACAUCUCUGAUUGUUGAAAACAUAACUAAAUGGACGGCUUGAUAUAUUGUUUGAAACUUGUUGGCAGAGAUCAGAAGGGUGAGAUAAUGUGAUGGACAGUGGUGGUUAUUGGCAAAAAAGCAAAGAAUGAUGUAGCUGGAAAUGGCUUUAAGUGGUUUUAAUGCCAAAUAUUUCAUGGAGACUAAUGCCACAAGGUAUUGUACAAGGUAGGUAGGUAUAUGAAAGCGUGAAUCUUCACACACAGCUGGAAAAAAACUAGAAUUAUGCACUUUGAGUGUUCACAACCUACCAGAAAGGGUGUUGCAUCUAUUUUUGUGGGUUUUUUAAUUGACAUGUUUUAAUUGCAUGGAAGCAAAGUAUAAACUACCACCUCGCCAUUUUCAACAAUGCCAGUCUUUCUGAGUGAAGUUUUAACAGUUUGAUAAAAUAGCAUCUUCAGAUAGUUCAUAAACUAGUGUUAAUUACUGUGUUUUGAAGACACCCGUUUCCCUAAAAUCUUGACAUUAGCAUGGAUAGAUGUGCAAUAGUUGGGCCAAGUAUUCAGGGUACAGAUGGAAAAUGUGUUUAAGGGCUUGAAGUUCAGUCUGCACUCUAACAGCAAAGGGCAUUUUGUGUUAGAAUAUGAGUUUAAACCUAUAUUGCUGGGGAAAGCUGACCUAUUCUGAACGGCAAAAGAAGCACUAACGUUUCUAAAUCUUUUACUUGAGCAAAGUAGAUAUAUAGUUACAUUUUAAAUUCAGGGUAAAAUCCUUCACUUCCGUGUACAUUACAUGGUUUAAUGCAAUUUAAAAAACUAUUUAUUCUAUUUUUAAGUAUCUAAAUAGACAUAGGGCUCACUUAGGAUUUAAGAUCUUACUGAAAUAUUUAGGUUAUUUGGUAACGUUCAAAGAAGCGUUGUUUUUAAACUCUUAAUUUGGAUUUUGGGGCUAGAUAUUUCUGCAAACUAAUAGCCAACAGUUUGUAAAUCCCUGGGGAUCGGAGGCUAAUUAGCAGACUUCAGUAAUUGAAAUGCACAUCUAGUUUAUGGAUUACUCCUUACUAAGAGCAUUUUCAUCAUCCCUGAGAUUGCUUUGGAAUUAUUUUGUGAAUAGUUAGAAUCUAACUAGUAGGUGGUGGGAUAGAUUCUGGCUUCUGCAUUAGAUUUUCAUACCUAGUAGUGAGAGCGGAAUAACUGAGGUAAUCAUGGAUGUAGAUGAGUGGGAGUGAAAUUCUCCAUUGGAUUGGGGAAGGGUCAAAAUAAGCAGGAUAGUUGUGUGGAUAAAGCAUGGCACUGAGACAGGAAAGUUGAUCCUUUACUCAGCCCUGCCACUGAUUUAGUGUGGGACCUUAGGUAAAGCACUUAAUCUGCCCGAGGCACUCAGAGAAUGAAACUUCCCUACCAUACAACAAGGAGGAGUUUAUGAGGCUGAAGGCACUAUUGAAGUGUCCAGUGUUAUUUUGAACAUUAGUGAUUUUCCCCACCUCCCUCCCCUCCAGAUGGUAUAUUAGGCCAGAGCCAUUGUGAGGUGGUUGUGUUCUUGCCAUUCUCUGGAGCCCCAGUUAGUGGACACUGCAAGAGGCACAUCGCUGAAUUUGUUGGCUGUACAUUCGGAUUAUGAUUGGAUGCAGCCCUGUCACCUUAGGAAUGACAGACCUUUACUAAAGUGGUAGGAAGUUAAUUCUGUAAUUAGCAAGAAAAAUCUCACUUAUGCAAGUUCCGUUUAGCAUAUGAGCCUGGGUCACAAUAAUCGAAAGUUCCCUGUAUUCCUACAUUGGUACUGGCAUAGUACAAUCAUCUUCUUUCCAAGGCUGAUGACAUGAUUUAAAUAAGAACCAUAACUUCAGUAAACAUUUUAGAUGCAAAAAAAUGAUGAAUCCAAAGAAAUGAAAAGGAGACUCGUUCCUGUUGUUUAGUUUGAAACUGUGAACUGCUUUUGUUUGUUGCUCUUCUUUGCUUUUUAAUAUCAGGAAGAAUACCAAGAUUAACUCAAGCUUCAAAAUACUUAUUUUUUCUUUUCCCCAGUUUUACUUCUCCUUGUUAGAAACACAGAGCUGAUAAAGAGCUUCCUGUACUUGUAAAUGGGUUUGGGUUUUUGCAUCUAAAUGCUUGAAAAAGAAAAUUGUUUAAUUGUUCUGAGUAGUUUAUGUAGCAUGCUUUUGUUUAAGGUCUGUGAACAAUACGGCCAUACAGUGCUGAAUUAUUCUAUAGACAAUGAUCUUGUAUGUCAUUUGAUAUAGUAAAUUAUGCUUUAACAAAACAGGAGCAAUCAGAGACUUAAGAGGUACAGUGAAGGGGUGUCCAUCAGUAUAGUAUCUAGGUCCCAGAAAUUAGCUGUUGAAGUUGUAUGGAUGUUGACCUUUGACUCCUAAGCAUCCAGAAAUAUAAGAACUUUCCUAAGUGUGUUUAUCUUUCAGCUAACUCGUACCAUGCCUGAGUAAGAGUCUUUAGCCUGUCCUCUCUGCCUAAGAUACUUUUCUGAAUUAAGCUCUUAGUUUUAUUUUGGCUUCUUUGUCAAAGUAUAAGUUUUGGAAGUGUAGCAAGUGUGAGGAAGAUCUGUUAUCUAAAUGCAUGAGCUGUUAGAGAAACUCUAUAUACCAGGCUGUUCUGUUUUAGACAAGCUAUCUUUUCUGUAGUGAAGUAAACCUUUUGCCUGUGCCUUUGAAUUGGGCUGUGGCUAGCUUUCCCCUUUCAACUCCUUUAAAAAAAAAAAAAAAG